GUCACUUUGGUGCCCUGGUGGUUGUGGGCAGCACCUUUAGUGAACGCCUUGAGCCAUGUCCAGCUCCAGUGGUUUGCAGAGCAAAUGGACGCCGGAAGAUGAGUGGGCAUUGUCCCUGUUGAUGCAAAAGCGUAUGAACGCUGACACGACAGGAAGUCUUGGGCCACCGUCCCUGCCGGCCAAAGGCUCACUACAGUCGGCAGGAGCAAUGCAUGAUGGCGCAAAGAGACGCUUGGUAGCUGAUGCUGCAGAUGGUGACGCACCUUCCGGAUGGGAGCAAGUGGAUGCUGAGGAUCAGCCCACGUACAGUGGGUACAGUGGGAAGGUCCGGACAGAUGACACUGUCUUUGAGGAAGCAUUGAUAGCCGCCCUGGAUGCUUCCCCAGUGAUUGGUGCAUCAGCAAGCCAGCUGCAGCUUCCUCCGGGUGUGGACACCCUAUCUCAGUGGGGGAAGACCCUUGUGUCCUUUGGCCAGUACAAAGGAAAGUACUCCUACCACGAGAUUGCAAGCGGAAGCAGUUUCUGGGAUUAUAAGAAGUGGGUGAGGACCCACAUCAAGCCUGGAACUAGCAAAGGUGCGGCAUUGGACUUUGCAGCUUACUUGCGAGCGUAUGACAAGGAGCAUGGUCACUCGCAAUUGCCGGUGUUCCCAGGGACAUCGAUUCCUCGGCAGUUCAAGGAUGCCUAAGGUAGUGAAAGGCAUCCAGAUGGAUUUGGAAUUGGCUAUGAGCCAGGCAGCGCUGGAAUUUUGAAAGCAGCUUGGACCUGGACGCCUUUUGUGUGGUUUUGGGCACCUCAGCUCAAAAGGGGGUGUGAAAAUGUGGAGGUGCUGGAUGCACCACAUGUGGUGAGCUGGGUGCUCGAUGCACCAUGGAUUGCACAUUUGAAUGAUGCCAGCCGAGAGCUUCUUGUACACCAAGUAUCAUCGAUGGAUGAUACAUGAAUGCCUACUUUUGCACCGGAAGCACUGCAGUGGAGAGCAAGCUUUUUGUGCACCAGGUAUCAUCAACAGAUGAUACCAAAGUGGACACUUUUGCAAUGGACUAGCAUUGCACACAACAACGAACCUUUGCACGCCAAUAUCAUCAAAGAUGACAUUGGAAAGAACACCUUUGCAAUGAACUAGCAUUGCCCUUUUCAGGCACAAUGGUACGAAAUUUGUUUUUGGAAGAGGCCAUAAUUUCCAAAAGGCCAAGAGCUUUUGUAUGCAUUUUUGAAUGCGCGCGUCUCACUUUGUGAUCUGCGCGCAUGAUCACAGCACGUACAGUGUGCAUAUGCUUUGCAUUUUGAAGGCAGUUUGCACAAUGUGUUUUUGGAAGCACACUUUGAAUGUGUUCAGUUUCAUGUAAAGAUGGAAACGAUGAACACAAUGUUUGCAUUCAGUCCGUUGAGUUUUCAACUUUUGGACGCCUUGCAACGUUUUCUCUCAAGAAGGAGAGGCUCAAGCAGAAGUGACGAACGUCACGUUGGUUGUGAGUAAAA